AUGGCAGGUGCUUUGGAAAACGCGCGUAAAGAGAUCAAACGGAUCUCACUCGAGGACCAUGAGGAUUCAGAGUAUGGAUCUAUCUAUUCCGUUUCGGGUCCUGUUGUUGUGGCCGAAAAUAUGAUCGGAUGCGCCAUGUACGAGCUGGUCAAGGUCGGUCAUGACAACCUAGUCGGUGAGGUGAUCAGAAUCGAAGGUGACAAGGCCACGAUCCAAGUUUACGAAGAGACGGCUGGUGUCACUGUCGGUGACCCCGUUUUGCGUACAGGAAAGCCUUUGUCUGUCGAACUUGGCCCCGGUUUGAUGGAAACCAUCUACGACGGUAUCCAAAGACCUCUUAAGGCGAUCAAAGAAAAGUCGCAAUCGAUCUACAUUCCAAGGGGCAUUGACGCUCCAUCUCUAAGCAGAGACGUCAACUGGCAUUUCAAGCCUGGUGAAUACAAGGUUGGUGAUCACAUUUCUGGCGGUGACAUUUUCGGCUCUAUCUUCGAAAAUUCGUUACUGGAAGACCACAAAAUCCUUCUGCCUCCAAGAGCUCGCGGUACCAUAACGUGGAUUGCGUCCGAGGGCGAUUACACUGUGGACGAGAAGGUUUUGGAAGUUGAGUUUGAUGGCGUCAAAUCCGACUACACAAUGUAUCACACGUGGCCGGUUCGGGUUGCUAGACCCGUCGCUGAAAAGUUGUCUGCAGACUACCCUCUUUUGACAGGUCAAAGAGUGUUAGACGCUCUUUUCCCAUGUGUGCAAGGUGGUACCACCUGCAUUCCCGGUGCUUUCGGUUGCGGUAAGACCGUUAUCUCACAAUCUCUGUCCAAGUACUCCAACUCUGAUGCUAUCAUCUACGUUGGUUGCUUUGCCAAAGGCACCGAAGUUUUAAUGGCUGAUGGCUCUGUAAGGCCCAUCGAAUCCAUUAGGGUUGGUGAGACUGUUCUGGGCAAAGAUGGUCAACCUCGCCAAGUCACAGCUUUGCCAAGAGGUCAGCAAGAUAUGUUCUUGGUUCAGGACCAGGAGCAGGAUGUUUUUGAGAUAAACGAGUACAAGUGUAAUGCGUCUCACAAACUCGUCGUCAGAACGGCAAGAGACGUCAAGAUUGAAGGUCAAGAAGUGCUUUACAACGAGCUUGCUUACGUCGAGCGCAAUGGCAGAGUUCUGGAAUUGGUUCAACAGGCAAGAAAACCAAUGCAGUUUGCAUCUCAAAUUCCUACUGAGCCAAUUGAGUGGGCCAUCGAGGCUGGAGAUUACGAACUUGUUUCUGAGUCUAUCCGGAAGUCUACUGUUCAACUAGUUUCUCCAAUCCUUGUUGAAAAGACCACAAUUGCUGACUACUUGAAGGCAAAUGGCUUUGACCAGUCCAUGGCUGCCGAUUCAUUAGCUUACUUCAUUGGUUUGUGGUGCGGCGAGGGAUCCAACAUGGACUCUGCCAAUAAGCAGCUAGAGCAAGGAUUGCUUGAACGUGCUCAAGAUUUGGAUUUACAUUGCGAAUUCGAAAACCAACAAAUGACCGUCUUGGGUAAACAAGCAAACGGUAAAGGUUUGUCUACUGAGAGCAUUUUGUCCAAGGCUUUGAUAGAGUUGAAAUUCUUGGAUAUCGAAAACCAAAAGACAGUACCAUCAUUUUUGCGUAGCGAUGCAACGUCAGUGCGUGAAAGCUUUCUUGCUGGUUUGAUUGAUGCUGACGGUAAAGUUGCCAACCAAGCAUGUGAGAUCUUUUUGAAUCAAACCUCUCUAUUGGCCGGUGCUGCCGCUGUGGUCAAGUCUUUGGGAAUGACUGCCAAGAAGUCUGUUAGCAAUGCUAUGUCUAUUGAGUCCUCAUCUGCAUUACAAUCGGUUCUUGCUCGUUCUUUGUCCAGCUCCGUUGCGAAGCCAACUUCUGUGGUGCGCGCAGUAACGGAAUUCGGAUUCAACCUGGAGAAGCUUGAGGAAGAUCAAUAUUACGGUAUUACCCUUCAAGACACGUCAGACCAUCAGUUCUUGCUAAGCAACCAAGUUGUUGUCCAUAACUGCGGCGAGAGAGGUAACGAAAUGGCUGAAGUUUUAAUGGAAUUCCCCGAAUUGUUUACGGAGAGAAAUGGCAAGAAGGAGCCUAUCAUGAAACGUACGACUUUGGUUGCUAACACAUCUAACAUGCCGGUCGCUGCUAGAGAGGCUUCUAUUUACACUGGUAUCACGUUGGCUGAAUACUUCAGAGACCAAGGUAAGGACGUUUCCAUGAUUGCCGACUCCUCUUCCAGAUGGGCUGAGGCCUUAAGAGAAAUUUCCGGUCGUUUGGGUGAAAUGCCUGCCGACCAAGGUUUCCCAGCAUACUUAGGUGCCAAGCUGGCCUCUUUCUACGAAAGAGCCGGUAAAGCCGUUGCUCUUGGUUCUCCAGACCGUGUAGGGUCCGUGUCCAUCGUUGCUGCGGUCUCGCCAGCAGGUGGUGAUUUCUCUGACCCUGUUACUACGUCGACUCUUGGUAUCACGCAAGUCUUUUGGGGUCUUGACAAAAAAUUGGCCCAAAGAAAGCAUUUCCCUUCCAUCAACACUUCCGUAUCGUACUCGAAAUACACCAACGUUUUGAACAAGUACUACGACAGUAACUACCCAGAUUUCGCCCCUCUAAGGGACCGCAUCAGAGAGGUUCUUUCAAACGCCGAAGAACUGGAACAAGUGGUUCAGCUGGUCGGUAAGUCUGCCCUUUCUGACAGUGACAAGAUUACUCUAGAUGUCGCAGCUUUGAUUAAAGAAGACUUUUUGCAGCAAAACGGUUAUUCGACUUACGAUGCUUUCUGUCCUAUCUGGAAGACUCAUGAUAUGAUGAAGGCUUUCGUUUCGUAUUACGAAGAGGCUCAAAAGAGCGUUGCAAAUGGCGCUAGCUGGUCUAAGCUUGCCGAGGCCACCAGUGACGUGAAGCAUGCUGUUUCCUCCUCCAAAUUUUUGGAGCCAAGCAGGGGCGAGGAAGAGGUUCACGGAGAAUUCGAAAAGCUUUUCUCGCAAAUACAGGACAAGUUCGCGGAGUCAACUGAUUAA